AUGUUUACUAAAACUGCAACUUCUUUAAACUUAUUAAAUCCAGAAAGUAAUACAGAUGUUUUAAAUACAUUUGAUAAAACAAUACAGUCUGGUUUUGUUUCAUUACUUUGUAAACAAUUAUUUGAAAGUAAUCUGGAUAUCAAAACUCAUUGUCAAUCACCUUGUCAUUGUUCAUGGAUCAUGGAAAUUAUUGGAGCGGGAUUUAAAAUGGACCUCACCAAUCAUAAUUUAAUGAAUCAAUGCAUUGACCUUUAUGAAUUAUGGUUUAUAAAACAAGAACAAGUUCCACAAGUAAUAUUAGAUAAUUACAAGUUUUAUAUUGAAAAAAUUGUUUUACAAUUAACCUUUGUAUUUGCCCAUAAACCAUCAAGUCAAGAACAAAAAUCAUAUGAGGCAUUAUGUAAAAGAGUUAUUUCUAUUUAUCAAAAUUUAUAUAAAUUAAUUCGUUCAAGUUCAAUUGAAAAUACAUUUGUUAGAAUGAUGGUUGCAGUAAUGGAUGAUGUAUUUAAUUCUCAGAAUUAUGCAGUUAUAACAGAAUUAAUAAGAUUUUUUAGUCAAAUUUGGAUAUGUUAUCAACCAACUGAAAUUGAAUUAUGGAAAAUUUUAACUAAUUGUUAUGGCAAAUGGAUUAUUAAUCAAUCAGUUGUUAGUUCUUGGAAAGAUGUAAUGAUAACUCUUGAAAAUCGUUUAAUUAAAAUCUUAUCAAAAGAAAAUAAUGAAUCAUUUGAUAUAACACUAGCUUAUAACUCAUUUGAAAUUAAAUGUUCAAUGACACCAAAAUAUCUUCUCUUAUUUUAUAUGAAAUUUAUGCAUCUUAUAGGUAAUAUUUGUAAUAUUCAAAAAGCAGAUGUUCAUUAUAAUUUAAUUCAAGCAAUUGGUAAUUUAAUUGAUAUUCUUAUUGGAACAAAUCUUACAGGAAAUGAUAUAUAUCGAAUCUUUUGUGAUAUAUUAUAUCAAACAAUAAUAUAUAAAGACCAUCGUUUAUUUAGUAAAUCAAUUAAUAUGUCAUUAAUGUUACUAGUUAAGAUUUAUAUUUCUAAAUAUUCUAUUACUCAAUUUGAUAAAAUAUUUUAUUAUAAACUUUAUUAUUCAUUAUCAAAAUGUCUUACUUCUUCAAAUGUUAUUGUUAUUAUUAGCGCUAUAUCAGAAACUUAUAAAAUUGUUGAGUCAAUAUCAACAACUAGCAAUAUUAUUUUUAAUGACAUUAUUUAUGCUAUUACUAAAAUAUCUAAAGAGCCUAAAGGAACAACAGAAGAAAUUAGACCAAUUUCUAUUAAAUUAUUACAAAAAAUUCAAUUAAUUUUUACUGAACAAAGAGAUCAAAUUCUUUCUUCAUUAUCAAAAAAUAGUUCUGAACAACCUUUUAUUAUUUCAGUAUUAAAUAUUUGUUUUGAAUUUCUUAAAAUUGAUCCAAUUAAAACAGAAGAAGUAUUUACUACAUUAGGAAGAGUUAUAGUUUCAUUAAUAAAUAGUAAAAGAGAUAAAGGAAUAAAUACAGAUAUUAUUUUAUCCAAUUUUAUUCCAUUAUUAAAAUCACUUCUUGACUUAUUUAGAAUUAUUUUAAUUUAUCGAUAUCAUUUUUAUAAAGAAUCAGUAAAAGAUAUUUUCUUAUUAAUACAACAGUAUAUUAGUUAUAGAAUUGAUAAUUUACAAUCAGUAUGUCCAUUACUUAAUAUAUAUUCUUGUUAUUUUACUUAUUGUUAUUCAUUUAUGAAACCAGCUGAAUUAUUAUUUACAAUGAAUUUAAUAGAUAAAAUGAAUAAAAUUAUUGAAAACGAAAAUACACUUUCAUUAUUUAAAUAUGAUAUUCAAUUAUAUAAUUCUUUUAUUAAUACUUAUCUUCAUUCCAUAGAAAAUAACCAAGAUAUUAAUGAAUUAAUUUUAAAGAAAGAAUUAAUAAACAAAUCAUCUGACUGGGAAAAUUCUAUUCAUUGUUAUUAUGUAUUUGAACAAGCAAUAUUUUCUAUAAUAGAGUUACCUUGGAUUGAAAAUACUCUUCUUUGUAUUAUUCGUACUCGUUAUGGAAAACAAAUUUUUACUAUGAAAAUGCAUGAUGAAGAAAUACAGUGGACAAGAAUUGAUUAUUCAUGUCCAAAUAUUGAAGACAACCAUAAAGAAAUUGAAAUUACAAAAAGUUCAUGGACUGAAAAAAAUGAUUUUAUUAAUAUUAGUGAGCUUAUGAAUUCUAUUAAUAAACAAGAAGAAAAAAAUAGUAAAAUAAUGAAAAAUGGUAUAUUACAUGACCCAAUUAUUAUUUCUAAAAAGAAUUGGAAGAAUUAUAAAUGUACUGUAUUUAAUGAAUUUUUCCUUCAAAGAUUAUUAUCUACUUUAUUAAAUUUUAACCAUUUAACUAAUAGCCCUGUAGAAGAACUUAUUGUUGGGGAUGACCUAUUUAAAGAAUUAAAAAAACUUGAUGAGAUUUCUCUAAUUAGUCAAUAUGAAGUAUUAAUUAAAUCAGAUCAUAUAACAAAUCAAUACAUUUCAUUCAUUGAUAAUCUUGGUGAAUUACAGUUAAUUCAAAAUGAAAAUGAAAAGAAAAAUUCACUUGUUAAAGAAGAUAAUGGCUUUAGAAUUAAUUACCAAAUAGAUGUCUUAAAUAAUAUUCUUCCAAACACUAAUUAUAAGGCAAUAAUUAUUUGGGGGUCUCCUGAUAAACUAUCUCAUUAUGAUGCAGAAUUACAAUUUAUUAUUAGUCCAACUACUUCAGAAUUAUUUAAUGUUCAAUUAAAUCAAAAAACUGGAAUUGCUUUAGAGUCCCAAUUAGUUCCUUUCGAAACUCUUCCUUCUUUUAUAUCUUCUGUACUAUUAAGUCAUUCUACAAAUUCUGAAAGUCCAAGAACUAUUUUUGAAGAACGCAAAAAUACUAUUUUAUCAAUUGCAGCAUUUUUAGACACAAAAUAUACAUGUGUUGCAACUCACUCAUUAUUCUCUAAGAAUUAUCUCCAAUCCACUAAUCCAAUUGACUUCAAAAAUAAUGGUAUAUUUGAAGUCCCAACACCUGUUAAAAAACCUGUUAGUAAAUCUCCUUGUUUCUUUAACAGAACAAAAAGUCCAAAAACAUUUUCAUCAAAAACAACUUCUCCUAAUUUAACACACGAUAAUACCCAAUCUAAUAAAAAAGCUAUAGAAAGUGAAGGAUCAAGUCCAGCGUCUGUUCCAAAUAAAACAAAUUCUCCAAGUACUCGUGUGACUUUAGGAACAUUUAGAAGAAAACCAGUGACAGAGUCAUUAAAUGAAAGACCUCAUACAAUGAAUCUACAAGAGGUAUUGGACACUUCUAAAAAAGUAGAAGAAAUUACGUCUACUCCCCAAGGAAGUCAAACCCCUUCUCAUAUUACUAACUCUCAAAGUCCAACUCAACCUGCAACUGCUCAUUUUGGUGUUUCAUUAAAUUUCAAUGACAUUAAAGCAUUUAAUAGGUGUGCCCUUGAUGAAGAGCCUAAAGACCUAAUAACAUCCCCAAAAGGUUCUUCUCCAUCUAAUAUUGAUUCUUCUCAAUCUAUUGUUUCAAAUACAAGACCAUCUCCAACUCAACAAACAGGAAAAGUUUCUUUAUGGGGCCAAAAACCAGUUUCUUCAAGUCCUCAAACUGUUUUGAGCCAACCAUCUGAAACUGAACCAACUCAAUCUCCUACUCCUGUUACUCGAAGAACAUUUGCUGAUCAUAACUCUUCUUUUAAAAGAAGGUAUUCAUUCAUUCCAAGAACUCCUGUUGGAACUGCACAAGGACUAGAAUCUGUUACUCCAAAUGAGAAGGCAUAUCAAAAUGAAUCCCCUGCUCCAUUACAGACUUCUGUUUCACACAGCUCAUUACAACAGCCAACAAACUCUGUUGUCCAAGGAGUCCCACAACCCUCAAGCACCCCACAACGAAGAGCUUUCUUUGGAAGAAGAAAUCCAAGGCAAUCUCUUGAUAACCAAUAA